CUUCCUCUCUUGAUGACGACCGAGUUCGUCGAUGUCGCUACGAUGGCUCCGGCCAAUCUCGACCGUUCGAUGGAAACCCCCAGCCAAUCGUCGCCGUCGAAACCCCUCAGCGGCGGCGCCGCCCGGCUUCUUGCCGCCGUCCUCCAAGCCCUCGUCAUGGUGACGGCGCUCGCCCUCUUCUUCCUCUUCGCCGGCGUCGCAGCCUUCGUUCUCCUCCACCUCCUCGUUGCUGGCCGCGCCCUCCACCGCAGGCCCCACCCCUCCCCUCCCUCCCCUUCUCCCGGCCUCUCUACGAAGGAUCUCAAGCUCCUCCCUUGCUCGAAGUACUCUCGCGCAUCCAUGGGCGCUUCGGAUUGCCCGAUUUGCUUGGAGGCUUUCCGGGAUUGGGAUCGCGUUAGGGUUAUUCCUGGUUGCGGGCAUGAAUUUCAUGCGCCGUGCGUUGAUAAGUGGCUCGUUAAGACGCCGGCGUGCCCGAUCUGCCGUCGCCCUGUGAGAUCCUCCGGUGGUGUUCAUCCGUGAGUUUCCCCGUCUUUUGUUUCUUCUUCCUUUCUAGGGGUUUUGGCUAAUGUAUAUAAAAAGUACGUUUUUGCUCCUUUUUAUUGUAAAAAUCCUUGCUUUUUUCAAUUAUGAUAUAUAUACAUCAUAAUUUAAGGUUGUGUUAACUUUUGAUUUGGUUCUUGUUGUAUGAUUGAUGUUGGUUUAGGAAGGGCAUGUAGAGAAUUGAAUUCAAUAAAAUUAAGGUCCAGUGUGAUGAUGACUCACGGAUGAGAUGACUGAAAAAAUGCAAUUCUAUAUCUGUUUAUUGAAUGAGAUUCUUGAUU